ACGACGCGGCGACCGGACCGGACCGAACCGAACCUCCGCGAUGGGCAGCGAGAAGUACGUCCUCGGGAUCGACGGCGGCACCGGCGGCAUCCGCGCCGGGCUCUUCGCCGUCGCGACCGGGGAGCCGAUCGCGUUCGCGGACACGCCGUACGACACGUCGUACCCCAAGCCAGGGCACGCGGAGCAAUCGCCUUCGGACUGGUGGGACGGCCUCGGCGCGAGCUCGCGGAAGGUUCUGCGCGAGUCCGGGAUCGACCCGCGCGACGUCGCGGGCGUGUGCGUGGACACGACGUGCUGCACCGUCGUCGCGCUGGACGCGGACGCGAACGCGCUGAGGCCGGCGAUCCUGUGGAUGGACAUGCGCGCGUCGGACCAGACGAAGCAAGUCCUCGCGACGCGCGAUCCCGCGCUGAGCGUGAACGGCGACGGCGCCGGCCCGGUCAGCGCGGAGUGGAUGAUCCCGAAGGCGCUGUGGCUCGCGCAGUGCGAGCCGGAGACGUUCCGCGACGCGGCGAUGAUAUGCGAGUACCAGGACUACGUGAACGUGAAGCUCACGGGGCGGUACUGCGGCUCCGCGAACAACGUCGCGGUGCGUUGGCACUUCGUCGACGGCCGCGGGCCGCCGACGUCUCUCCUGAAGUCGCUGAACAUCCCGGAGCUCCUCGAGAAGUGGCCGAAAGACAUCGUGGGGCUCGGCGACGUCGUCGGCGCGCUGACGCGCGACGCGGCGACGCACCUGGGCCUCCCCGCGGGCGUCCCCGUCGCGCAGGGCGGCGCCGACGCGUUCGUCGCGAUGGUCGGCCUCGGGACGAUCGAACCCGGGCAGCUCGCGCUCAUCACCGGGAGCUCGCACUUGCACUUGGGCGUGACCGACCGCAGGUUUCACGGGCGAGGGAUAUGGGGCACGUACUCGUGCGCGCUCGUGGGGGGGCACGACGUCGUGGAGGGCGGGCAGACGUCCACGGGGUCCGUCGUGAACUGGUUUAAGACGUUGUGCGGCGGCGGCGAUGGGUUUUACGACGAAGUGAACGCCGCCGCCGCGGAGGUGCCGCCCGGGUGCGAGGGUCUGGUCGUUCAGGAGCAUCUGCAAGGAAACAGGACGCCGCACACGGACCCGCUCUCGCGCGGGGUCGUCUCCGGUCUGACGUUACGACACGGCCGCGCGCACGUGUUUCGCGCGAUUUUGGAAGGGAUCUCUUUCGGAACGCGUCUCAUCUUCGACGCGAUGGAAGCGAACGGGUACAAGCCGUCCGAGGUCGUCGUCGCCGGCGGCGCCACGCGAAGCGACCUGUGGCUGCAAAUACACGCGGACGUCGCGAACGUGCCGUUCAAGCGGACGAAGUGCGCGGACGCGCCGGCGCUCGGGGCGGCGAUCCUGGCGGCGGUCGGCGCGGGGUGUUACGCCACCGUCGCGGACGCCGCGCGCGCGAUGGUGCACAUGGAAGGGGUCGUGCACCCUCGACCGGAGGUGCACGCGCAGUACGCGAGGGCGUACGCGGCGUACAAGGCGACGUACCCGGCGUUGAGGCGCGUCAUUCAUCGGCAAGGGAGCGAGGCGGCGUUCGCGACGUCGGUCGACGACGCCGAUGCCGCGACGGACGAAACCCCGGUCGCGAAGAUCGCGCCGUCGCUGCUCGCGGCGGACCAAGGCGACCUCGCCGGGGAGGUCUCGCGGAUGAUUCACGACGGCGCGGACUGGCUGCACGUGGACAUCAUGGACGGACACUUCGUGAACAACCUCACGAUCGGUCCCCCCGUGGUGGCGCAUUUACGCGCGCGGGCGAGAGACGCGUUCUUGGACUGCCACCUCUCGUGCUCGAACCCGGGGUCGCUGAUCGACGGCCUCGCCGCCGCGCGCGCGUCGAGCGUGACGUUUCACAUCGAGGCCGUGGGCGGGGGCGACGGCGACGGCGACGCGACGAGCGAAGCCGCGGCGUUGGCGGCCACGAUCCGCGCGCGCGGGAUGCGCGCCGCCGUGGCGUUGAAGCCGUCCACGCCCAUCGAGACCGUCUUCCCCCUCGUGGACGCGGACGCGGUCGACAUGGUCCUGUGCCUCACCGUCGAGCCCGGGUUCGGCGGGCAGAAGUUCACCGCGAGCGUGUGCGAUAAAGUCCGCGCGCUUCGACGGCGGCGGCCGCGGUUGGACAUUCAGGUGGACGGCGGGUUGAACGAGGACACCGUCGUCGCGGCGGCGUGCGCGGGGGCGAACGUCGUGGUCGCCGGCAGCGCGGUGUUCGGUUCGGACGACCCGGGGAGGGUGAUUCGGGGGUUGCGACGCGCGGUCGUGGACGCGCGGCGGACGAAGCCUUGGCUGGGGUGA